UCAGAGAAUUUUCACAAAUAUUCUCUAUUGUUGUAUGAUUUGUUUAGAUAUGCCAUUUCCCAAGAAAUGUAGCAUUAAAACCCAUGCAACAAUUUGCAAGGACUCUGAACAAAGGACCCUUUUCAGAGUUCAGGGAAAAAAAGUGAGAAGUGAGAUUAUUGAAAAGUUAAAGGAAGAGGGGGAACUUAAUCCCAAAGGAACCUACAUCUGUGAAAGAUGUAUAAAGCAUGCUGAGGCAAGAAUUGUCCCUAAAAGAAAAAAAGACACCAUUGUUGCGGAGAUGGUGCAAAAAAUUGAGAAUGGUGACAUUGAAGAAGAUGACUUGGAGAUGAUUAUGAAGAAGAGAAUCUUUAAAAGUUUUUGAUGACAGUUUAGUUGCCGGUUCAAUUUAUAAAAAUGAUGACAUGUUAAAACAUUUUGAUCCAGCUCGCUACAUGUCUGAGAGGAAUGGUCCUCUUCUUGCCUUUUUAAAGGGGUUGAUGCAUGAGGGGGAUUUCUAUCAGAAGGAAAAAGCAGUGGUUAUUAGCAAUGCAGUGGACAGCGUUUACUACCUUGUAAACACAAAAUUUGUUGCUCCACUUGCAUUUGCUAAAUCCCUUCUUAUAUACACUAAGACAGGUAGCAAAGAAGGCGUCAAUGUUGCUAGUGCUGCAACACCAAGCGGAAGCUAUACAUCUAUACUAAACUGGCUAAAAGCCAACAGCCAAGAGAAAAUAAAGAUCCCCGAUAAUUCGGAUGUUAUAUCUUUUUUUGAUAACAACCAGGUGAUUGGUAGAAAAUGGCGGGUCAAGAACGAUUUCAAGGCGGAGUCAUCCGUUAUCACAUCUGUGGCUCAUAUGCAGCCCAGAAGUGAUAUUCAGAGAAACAUGGAGCUUGCGCCUUCAAAGUGGCAGAGUUUCCAUGUGCAGGCAAAGAAGGACUCUCUGGAAAAGUUGAAAGCGCAAGAAAUAUUAUUUGAAAAAGAUUUCAGUAAAUCAAGACAUGGAUUUAUUUCUAAGAGAAUCAAUGAGAUAAUCAAACAACAAUCCAAAGAAGAUGGAUGGAAGGAUCAUGUCGACAAGAAAAAAGACCAUCCACGGGAAAUAGAUCCCCCAAACGAGAGAUACACGUUCAUUCCUAGCUGCCAUGAAGCAGGGCCAAGCAAGGUUAUUGCUGGAGAACCUAUUUUUGAGAACCCUUGUUCGUAUGAGGCUGUAGAGAAGGUGCUUGACCAUCUCCUGGAGGAGGCAGAGGUUGGUACGACACGACAUUGGACGGCAGUAGGAUGUGACGGCCUCCCCUACGUUCUCGCCUCGAGGAUCAUCGAGGAGUUGUAUAUUUGCCCAACGUGUCGUAUCCAAUAUGACGAAGACGAGUUCAUUAACCAUAUUGAGACUUCAAAACAUGCGAAUGAUUUAGAGGAAGGAAGGAAAUAUAGGAAUAUUUUAAUGCUAGCAGGACAUGGCCACUUUGAAAUCAAUAUGACCAAGGCGCUUUUCAAACUCCUUUGGGAUGUGUGCUUAUUAAUGGAGCUCGCAAAAAUGCUGGGCUUCAAGAGUCCGAAGGCCCUUGCAGCAUGCCAGGCUGCCCACGGUAUAGAAUUUAUAAAUUAA